AUCGGCCAGACUGUCCCAGCUACUCCACUGCCCUGGAUGAGGUGGUAAUAAUGACUCGCGAUGAGGCAUGUAGCACACACACUGGUCUUCGUCCAAAAAGGCUAUUAUAGUCCAGUCAUCCAGGUAUCGUUGAAGUUUCCUCUCUUCCAGCUUUCUUCCCGCUUCUCUUUCCGUUCCAUGUCUGUUUGAUCCAAAUGCUUUUACUAGCCGAACCGCGGGUGGCUUUUUUUGAUCGACAGCCGCCGGUUCCCAAAAGGGCCGAGCGUUACCUAAAGUCAACGAUCAACCUCGGCGCUUCCGAGGAAAGGUACGUGGAAGGCAACAAGCAGUCUUGGAUUUCCUCACGUCAGCGAGCACAUGGCUUGCAAUGCAUAAAGUUGCGGCUAUUGGAAUAGUUUCCUCAAUGGUCUCUUAAAAGUGGAUUGGAGGGCCACCUUAACUGGCCCGGUAUCAACAAGGUUCCAUCCCUGUUCGUGUGCAGCACGCAUGCAUAACAUUGAUCGACUAUAUAUGUAGUGAGAUGAGUCUUAGCAUUCUUAGCUGUCUAGUAUUCAUCACAUCGGGGGUUUGGA